AAAUACGCCAAGAACAUCGAAGAUGUCAACGCCUUCUCGUCCAUGGACGUAUACGCUUCGGUUGCUAUCCUUAAGGACAGAAAAGUUAAGGAUAGGAUCAAUACCCCUGUCGCUUUCUCCGCUUAUACAAACCCAAAGUGGAAUCAAAUGAUUAAGUUUUCUGUCGAUGAGAAGUUAGCUCAAGAAGGGCGUUUGACGCUCCUCGUGGAAUUGAUGAGUCACCGGCCUUUCCUUGGUGAUAAGGAAAUUGGAUUUCUCAGACUUCCCAUGCAACAGUUAUUGGGCUCAAAUCCACCUUAUCCGUUGACCAACAGUGGUGAUGCUAACGGUAUGAAGUUGGAGACGCACGCUUUGACGGGUCCUUAUGGCAAAAAAGGUGUCGUGAGCUUCACGUAUAGGUUUCUUGCGGAGCAAGUUAAUAUCCCACCACCAUCCACACCACGCCAACCAUACAUUAUGUAUGUACCGGUUUCGCCUCAGUCAUACCCGUCAUCGGAUCAGAUUCAGGUGACCUCGAGUUAUGUGUCUGUUCAACCGGGUGCUAAUUCUGGGCCAAGCAACGGUCUAGUACCAAUAUAUAUGCCGCCAACAUAUCAGUCACACGGAUACCAACAAUAUUCACCAAGGAAGUCGAAAUCGCAGCUUCAACCGUCACCACGACAGUCGCAGCUUCAACCGUUGCGUAUGCAGCCGCUUCCUCAGUAACUACCGGAUACAAAAUCAUAUGGAUACCAACAGGCAACAAUCCUUGGGGGCUUCCCUUUAGAAGCAUAAUGUGUCGCACUCGUGUUACAUUCAGUGCAUGCAAAAUUAAAUCUUCUUGAUGGUUAUUUAUAUUGUUAAAUGCAUUUGAUCAGUUAACAUUUCCCUUAAAAAUAAAAAAGUGUGUCUGUAAAAUCAUUAGUUAAUCUAUGAACUGCAUAAGAGCA